GGCGGCCCGGCCGCGGCGCCCCCACGGCGCUCUGCCACUUGUCCCCAGUCCCAGAGCCUCAGCAUGUCGGAGACCGCUCCCGCCGCUCCCGCCGCCGCCCCCCCGGUGGAGAAGGCCCCGGUGAAGAAGAAGGCAGCCAAGAAGCCUGCCGGGGCGCGCCGCAAGGCGUCCGGGCCCCCGGUGUCCGAGCUCAUCACCAAGGCCGUCGCCGCCUCCAAGGAGCGCAGCGGCGUGUCCCUGGCCGCGCUCAAGAAGGCGCUCGCGGCCGCCGGCUACGACGUGGAGAAGAACAACAGCCGCAUCAAGCUGGGCCUCAAGAGCCUGGUGAGCAAGGGCACCCUGGUGCAGACCAAGGGCACCGGCGCCUCGGGCUCCUUCAAGUUCAACAAGAAGGCGGCCUCCGGGGAGGCCAAGCCCAAAGCCAAGAAGGCGGGCGCGGCCAAGCCCAAGAGGGCCUCCGGGGCGGCCAAGAAGCCCAAGAAGGCCGCGGGGGCGAGCACCCCCAAGAAGAGCGCCAAGAAGACCCCCAAGAAGGCCAAGAAGCCCGCGGCGGCGGCUGUCGCCAAGAAAGUGGCCAAGAGUCCGAAGAAGGCGAAGGCUGCCAAGCCCAAGAAGGCCGCCAAGAGCGCAGCUAAGGCUGUGAAGCCCAAGACUGCCAAGCCCAAGGUUGCCAAGCCCAAGAAGGCUGCACCCAAAAAGAACGGGUCCCCGAGCCUCAUUUUCGGCAGACGUCAACUUCCCCAAACCGGAGACGUUUUAAAGGAUUUCUGUGCGGCCCCAAGUCCAACAGUUUCGACGCGAGGAGCAAAAUAUGGGUAAACAGUUGGGAAGCGUAUGCGUGUGUGUGGGGGGUGUCUCUAAUGAAGGGCUUUCGUGUAUAUUCACGAUGUUAUCUGUGGGUUUUUAUAUUCGUGGCGUUUCUUCUGGACGGAGAAGGUCCUAGUCCCGUUUAUAUUCUGGUGAGCACAGAUUUUCUUGAGACAAGUUCCAGGAACGGGCUCCUGAGACCUGCAGCUCAGUUCUUUGUCCAUUGCCACGAUGACGGAUCUAGUCGUUAAUUAAUCUAGAUUCGUUCCCCCAUUCCUGGUGGGGACCACGGGUUUCGUCCCUGCCCGCAGCGCCCCUCCCGACAGACUGGGGAUACUCUGACGUCCGUUGUCGGGAGUAGAAAGACCUCCACUUCCUUGAGAGCGCUUCGCGCGCGCGCGCACACACUCAGCAAGGCAGAAUUUUCCCGUGGUUACUUCCCAUAAUUUUUGUGCUGUUAAUUUCACAUUUAAAACAAUUGAGCCCUCUGUAUUUUGUUGUAAGGUUUAAUAAAUGUAUACAACCCUUCCAUUUCUGACCCCCCUCCCCUCCCUCCCCUACCCCCAUUUUGAGAUGCCACCUUUAUCAUGGGCUAAAUUCCUUGGGUAGUUGGGGUAAUUCUUGGUUUUCUACUUUGUUCCUUUGAUCUUCCUUGGCCAUUCCUCAAGUGUGAUCACACUGUUAAGUAUUGUUCACAGGACUAUUUUCAAUGCUGAGAAUACAUGACCUAUAGUAGGUAUUAAAAUAAAAAUUGAAUGUUUAAUAAACUGAGAUGUUAUGACUGAUAGCUGAUAGAGCUCAUUCCCUCUCGUUGCUCUUCUUUCUCAGAAUUUCCUGGUUAUUCUAUUUUUUAUUUCGUUUUUCCAAAUGUAAUUUAAGAUGCUUCCUUCCACCUCUUCACCCCUCCAUUACGCAUAAAAACCCCUCAAUACUGUAUGAGUAGUUUCUUUGGGAUGAUGUUAGAUUUACAAAUUAAUUUGGGGAGAUGAAUUUUCCUAUUCAAAAACAUUUUAUGUUCCCCCCCCUUUUUUCCCCAAAUACUUUGUAUCUGUGGAGAAUGUUUCAAAUUUUCUCCAAAUAUAUCUUCAUAUUUCUUAUUACCUUUAUUCCCAGAUAUUUUGUCAUCUUUUUACUGUUGAAAUGGCAACCUAUGAGAUUUAAGCUUGAGGACCAGCAUCCCAUAAAGUGCACACUGAAGAAGAUAGCCAGUUAUGGAAGGGAUCUAUGCCUGUCUGAAUUAACAACCUCUAGAACAGUGCUGUCUAUAGCCACAUAAAUAAGGAAAAAUGAAACAGGUGAAAUCAAUUUUAAUAACAGUUUAUUUAACCUAACAUAUCCAAAAGAUUCUCGUUCAACAUAAAAGCAAUAUAAAAAUAUUUAUGAGAUAUUUCACAUUCUUUUUUGUUUCUCAUAUUAUGUCUUUGGAAACUCUAUGCAUACAGCACAUCUCAGUUCCUGCUAACCUGUUUGAAGAGCUCAGUUAGCUAUAUGUGGCUUGUGGCAACCAUAGGGACAAUAAAACUCUAGAAUGCCGUUUGGUCCCUAAUAUCUCGGUCUUCUCUAACCUCAUCUUUGGCUUAAUGUUUGCAUGUCAGUGUGUCAAUAUACUCUUUUCUGUGGCCUAAACUUUUGGUGAAGUGUCUGACCUUAAAGGAUGGUUGACUGGUCCAAAGGGCAUUGGGCCAAUAUGAACCAUCAAAAAUUUUCUUCCAAAAACUGGAAUUGAGUUACAGAAACUGAGGUGACCUGAUGUCCGGGGAACUGCCUUCUUAGACACUCGGUAGGAGAAACCGAGAGGUUUUGUGAAUAAAAAGAGCAGAAUGGGACCAAGUACAGAGCAGAGCAGAGAGGAGAGAUGCAUAGAGGGGUGUUCUCUGGGCUCCUGACAUCGGAGUUCUUGGUUCUCCUAGCCAUCGGAACUCCUGCCACUGAGGUCACCUUGCUUGGCUCAGGUUGGGUCAAGUUGUAGCAACCAGAAGACUUCAUUAAGACACUUCAAAUAGAAUCCCAGUUAGUGCUUAUGGUUAUGGCAUAGUGAAUAUCCAUGCUCCCUUUCUCUUUCAAAUGCUUUCAAGUCCACACACCUUUGGAGUUUAUAUAUUUGCAGUUGAUCCUCACAUUGAAUGUCUCCUGCAAACAUAUCUGCCUAGGGAACGGGUGUCCUUUACUUUCAAAUGAAAUGUAUUCAUCAAAAACAAAUAUAAUCACCCUUCUCUAGUAAGGCUAAAGGGAGAGUUCAUUCGCAGAGAGCUAAAAGUUCUCAUAAAAAUCUCUAAUUUCACCUAGACUUUAGAUACAAUCUUCACCAAUGUUUCUUUGAUUUUUGUUCCAUUCCCUCACCAGUGUUCACAAAGUUGACUGGGUUAAGUCUGAUACUGUAAGCCAUUCAUUAGACUCUAAUUUGGCCGCUUUAAGAAAAAGGUCCUUGUCUUGAUUUUUAGUUUAUGAAGUCUAGAUUUUAUUUUGACAUUAUUAAUAUUAUCAUUUUCAAUGUUCUACUUAUGAUCAUAUUGAUAAUGGCAAUAAUAAAUUCAAAUAAUUGCCCAAACAUGGCUGAUUAGCCAGAACUGCAUAAACUAAACUGCUGAUUGAUAAGUCAACAAUGAAAAUUCAUGAUCUCAUGUCCAUGUAUGACAAAAGCAUGAGUAACACAGAAAUUAAAGGCUACUUGUAAUGCAUUGUAAUGCAUUAUGCCAAACUUUUUUUUCCUGCCAUACAUAGUGCUCUCUCUCAUGGCUGAAAAAUAUCCUAUUACUUCUCAUAGGGAAAGUUCUAGGUAUCAUUCUAUGCCUGAGGGAAGUGGAGAAAGUAACUUUGGGUUGAAAUUCAUGCCAGAGAUGAACAGGUCCAGGAGAAGCAAGAUUACACAUUAGAGGAUUUCACAGUGGAGGGAUUUAGGGCAGAGUGGGAGCAAUAGCAUUGAGAGCUAGCAUUUCCUGAGCUCUAAUUUACAAUGUGCCAAGUAUUGUUGCUCAUCACUCUACACUUAUUAUCAAACACCUUGUCAAGCACUUUGAGGUAGGUGUCAUUAAUACUGGGGAUUGGUGAUAUCAAGAAUAUAGCUAGGGGCACCUGGGUGGCUCAGUUGGUUAAGCGACUGCCUUCCGCUCAGGUCAUGAUCCUGGAGUCCCUGGAUCGAGUCCCGCAUCGGGCUCCCUGCUCAGCGGGGAGUCUGCUUCUCCCUCUGACCCUCCCCCCUCUCAUGUGCUCUCUCUCUCUCAUUCUCUCUCUCAAAUAAAUAAAUAAAAUCUUAAAAAAAAAAAAAGAAUAUAGCUAGUUUCCUAUCAGUGAGCCAGUGUAAUUAUCCUCUGUAUGCUAGUGCUUUUCCUCAGAAAUACAAUAAGAGCUAUAUAGGUUAUUUGACAUUUUCUAGUAGCCACAUUUAAAAGAGUAAAAAAACAUGUAAAAUCUAUUUUAAUAGUAUAUUAACUCACUGUAAGAAAAAUAUUAUUUCAACAAGUUAUCGAAUAUAAAAAAUAUUAAGGAGGGUUUUUUAUUCUAUUUUUCAGACAGCUCUUUGAAACCUGGUACGUAGUUUACCUUUAAAGCUCAUUCUAAUUUGGACUAGCCACAUUUCAAGUGCAUAAUAGCUAUCCAUGGCUAGUGGCUACUAUCUUGGACAAUAUAGCUCCAUAGUAAACACUCUGGGGAAGACACAAGCAAAUUCUGCUCUGUAGCAGAAUCCAGAUGUUUCCAAGGAAAUGAUUAUUCUGACCUGGUCCUGAAGCCCAGAGAGCAUCCUUAAGACGUGAUGUGUCUUCUACUCAUUCUACCCACUUCGUCUCAUACCAGGCCACUGAGCAGAGGACUCUGACAAUAGAAGUUAGCCAGGCCACUGCAUCUCCUACCCAGCUAGCCUAAUCUGUAAGACAGGAGCAACUAGAUCUAAGAAUCCCUUUCUGGGCAAUCUGAUUGAUCAGAGGAUAUUUUGAGUGUAGGUUUGGUGUGAGAUUGCCUGUCAAUGAUAUUUAGUAGUGGUAUGAAUUUGGCCAAUUAACUAAAAUCUCUUAGGCUAAAGUUCUUCCUCUGUAAAAUGGACACUGAGAGAACUUGACUUUCAGUGUUGUAUGAAGAAUGAUAUAGGGGUGCCUGGGUGGCUCAAUCGGUUGAGCGUCUGACUUGAUUUCAGCUCAGGUCUUAAUCUCGGCGUCGUGAGUUUGAGCCCUGAAUUGGGCCCUGUGCUGGGCGUGGAGCCUACUUAAAAAAAAAAAAGGUAAAGAAUGAUAUAUAACAAUUCAGGCCUAUCAGUUCAUGUGGUACUUGACCCAUGGAAAACUAUGAAUGUUAGCUAUUAGACUGACUCCAAUGAAAACAUGGUUUUAUUGUUCCUCCCAUGGGGACCUCUCUAAAGGAAGAUGAUAUUCAGUCCAGAAUAGAUCCCUAACACCCUGCAAUAUUGUCCCAGAGAACUCACAUUUACACUGAAAGGGUUCAAAUUGCUCGGAGUUGACUUUAUAUCCUCCCCACUAAGUUUUGUCCUCCUGGUAUCUCUGAGAAUGGUACCACCAUCCAAAGCAGCACGCAAAGCAAAGCUCGGAUUAUCCCCGGGGCCUACAAGUCAUCCCAAACUAGCGAUUCUCAACUCCUAGGGCUCUCUGCUAAGGUGUGUUAGAAGAGUGGUAGGAAGGCAGGGGAAGGCCAUGUAUAUAAUUUAGAAAAGCAUAGACAGUGUUCAGAAGCACAUUUACCCUGAAGCUAAUGAAACUCAAAUGUUAGGCUCAGUACUUCAAAAGCCCUGAGAGGGGCUCUUGGGAGUGUGUUCACUUGGUCUCUCUCUCUCUCUCUCUUUUUUAAUAAUUUCAAUGUUAAGAUAUUUUAUUCAUAGCUGGUUAAACCUGUUGUUUAUUGCCACUCAAUCUUCCCUUUCGUAUUACAAUUCACCUUUUGCCUGAUUAUGUUGGGAUACUGAUGAACACAUUUGGAUUUGGGUAAGAGAAAAUUCACUUCAUGUAUGUUUAGUUUAGGGUUAACAAGAUCUAAAAUUUGCAGAUGUGCUCACAUAUAGUUCAGUUGUUCUAGCCAAUCGGAUGUAAGAGUGGUUUCGAGUAUACUCCUAUUGCUCACUGACAAACUCACCUGGAUUUCAGACAUGAAGAUGUAGUACCAGAUAUCAUAUAAUGACAUCUAUGUAUUUGUAGCAACCGCAGUGGGAGUAAAGGUGUAUAGUACAGAAGAAUCAAGAUUUGAAAUGUAUAGAGCUGAAAGCUAGUCCAUGAAGAAUCCUAAAUUUUACAACUCACAUAUGGAAGAAGCUUGACAAAGGAUUUCCCAAAUUUGAAAACAGUCUUAAACAUGACACUACCAAUAAUGUGUUUUGAAGCUGAAACUCAGUUCUAAGUUAUCAAGAGAACAAAACAAAUUGUGAUCAAUUUACCCUGGAGGAAAUACUGAAUUCUCUUCCCACUGUAUGUAUAACAAAUGUUCCUUUUUUUUUUGGUGGGCAGCAAAGCAAGGUUAAUUGAGCGAUAGCACUAAGUUCCCAAGGAGGCUCGAGGCGACCCAAGAGGGUUGCCCUCCAAAAUAAUUUUCAAGUAAAAAUGGAAUCAGAGUAUGCAGUCAAAAAUAUUCUAAGGAAAAAAAAAUACAGUGUUGUAUUCAAGAGUUAAUAAAAUGUGCUAUUUUUAUGAA